UUUAAUAUAUAAUGUUUUCUCCACGCGUUGUCGCCGACCGCGGUUGAGCCUUUUUUCUUUUCUCUGCCUUUCUAAGAAACCACCAAGGCAAGGCGGCGAUUCCCCUUCUAUAUAUAUAUAUAUAUUUGUAUAACACUUACAUAUAUAUCUUCGAAAUCUCCAUCCUUUUCCAUUUAUUACCAUCUUUCUGUUCUCCUAGCUUUUUCUUCGUCUAGCUAAGCUUUUAGCUACUUGUUAUUAAUUUCUCUGUGGCUUGGAUUUUGAUUCUUAAUUUCUUACAAAUCCAUCAUCUUCUCAACAACUUUGUUCAAAGAUGAGUUCAAGUCAGCCUUCAGUAUCAUACCCAGCAGCACCAUCCACAGCACAAGGUCCAUAUGUGGUGGCUCCACCACCAGCUGGCUACCCAACAAGAGAUGGAACCGCACCCUACCCUCCUGCACCUGUUGAAACUAAGUCUAAGGGUGAUGGAUUCUGGAAAGGAUGUUGUGCUGCCUUGUGUUGUUGCUGCAUGUUGGAUGCCUGCUUCUGAGGAGGAAUCCAGAAUCCAUAUAUCAUAUUUCAUUUGAUUUUUCAUUUUAUUCUUCAUGUUAGUUGAAUAUAUAUUAUUUCUGUAGUGUGAAAAAGGGAGCAUAUAUAUACGUAUCUAUUGAUUGGAUACUUAUUAUUGUAUUUUUUUUUUUUUCCUUUUCCUUUUUUGUAUUUGUGGUUUGAUUGUACAUUGUCUUUUUGACACACGCAUAGAGACUUCGAUUAUUUUGUAUUUCCUGUAUAAUAAUGAAAUAUAUGCUCCUCUUCUUCA